GAAAUUGAAGAAAUAACAUUAGAACAAGGCAUCGAGAUAAAUCAAAAAGAUUUUGGUGCCAAUGAAAGUAAAUUUUUAUUCACGUAUACUGUUGAAGAGCAAGAAUCUCAAUCCAAUAGACAUUUUGACACUAUCAUACAAAUUGCGCAACUAAUGAACCGCACAGUGGUGUUAACAAAUGUUGGAGGAUCUCGUAUAUCAUCAAUUAAGGAUUUUCCUUUUGACUUCUAUUAUAACAUAGAUGAAUUAAGAAAAGAAUUUCCACAAGUAAAAGUUAUUUUACAACAUGAAUUUCAAAAAUGGGCCAAAGAGCGGCCCAAUAAAUUAGAUACCAUACAU